AUGCCUGUCCGCCAGACGCUGUUGUACGAGAGGGAGCUCUCCGCGGUCGAGAAGAUUGACCUCCUGGACGAGCUCGAGAAGCGCGACGCGACCAUCGCGACGCUGACCGCCGAGGUGACCCGUCUCACUGAGGCACUCCGAGUCUCAGAAGCACAGAGGGUGCUGGAGGCGCCGCUGGCGGCGAACGAGGAACUGCCGAGCGAGGGUGGCUCUGCGGAGUUGGCAAGUACUGGGGCGGGAGCCAAGAAACGGGAUGAGAAACCCGAGAAGCCCCCACAGACGGUCGACGAGGCUCGACACCCGUCGACUUUGCGACGGUUCAAGGAGCCGGGAUUUGCCGACCGCCACACUCUCCUCGUCGGCGCCUCGCAGGGUGCACACGACAUGAGGGUGCGCCGCAUGCUGAAGGCCAUGGAUGCAGUGCGCCUCCUUCGCGUGAGCGACGGCGAGGCCGACACCGAAGCCGUUGUCGAUGCUCUGGACAAGAUCGCGGCGCCGGGCAUUGGGGCCUUCUGCGAUGCCCUAACGGUGCUAAAAGAGGGAACCGGGCUGACAUUCUCCAAGGAGGCGGGCAAGGGCGUCAAAGGGCUCGGCAAGACGGAAGCUCCCAAGCUACGUGUCGCGUGUGCGCUGGUUGCGCACGGGUUGAGGCCAAAAGAGUGGGUCGCCGCCCUGUUCCCAGACACCUGGGAGGAGCAGAUGCCAAAGACAUUGGCCGACAUGGCCAAUGAGAGCGCCGCUCGGAAGCGGCCUCCAACCAAGGUGCCGUCCAAGCGUAAGAAGACCGCGUGA